AUGAGUACAGAUAUAUUUUCAAUAUGCGCUAAAUGCUUGGGCGAUGAGUCACGAAUCAAGAUGAUCAAACAGGUCAAUGGAGAUGAGUGUCGCCAGUGUACCCGGCCGUAUACAAUUUAUCGAUGGGGGAAUAGAAAACAAGGAAACAAAACCAUAAUAUGCAUCACAUGUGCUAGAGCCAGACACUGCUGUCAAUCCUGCUUGCUAGACAUUACUUAUGGCAUUCCUACAGACCUAAGAGAUACUGCUUUGGAGAUGGCUGGUCUUGAACCAUUAACAAAAUCUGCCAACCCGACAAACCGUGAAGUGAAAGCCAUUAUGGCCGAUAAAUUGGAGACUAAAUUCAAAGAGCAACAAGAAAGAUCCAAUGAUAUAUUGUCGAAACUAGCUGAGAAACUAAAUAAGCCCGAGGAGAAGAAAACAGAGGUUGCUAUAGAUGUGGCCAAGCUAGCAAAGAAACUUCCGUUUGGGAAUCUGCUUGAUGUUCAGAAGUAUCCGGAUAUGACAACGUUUUUUGUAUUUGGGUUUCUGUCGGAUUUCCCGCAGGCCAUUUUUUCGAGAUAUGCGGAACAGUAUGGGAAAGUAGAGUCGGUUGUUUUUAGCAGUGUAAGUGGGUGUGGGUUUAUACGGUUUGAAAAGGUGAGUUCAGCAGUGGGGUUUGCCAAGUCGAUCGCUGAAAAUGGAUUGAAUAAAAAUAAAAGUAUUGCUGGACUAUUAAUUUUAGAGAACACGCCGAUGAGAGUUUGUUUUGGGAAACAAAAGCCAUUACCCCGAACUGCAGCAGACCAAAGAAAGUUGAAUACUGUAGUCACAAAAGUGAUGAAACAGUUGGCAAGUAAGAGCAAGGUUGGGGUGGUGGUGAAAACUAAACCUAACGUAUAUAAAGCUUUACUGGAAGACUAUGAAGAGUAG